UUGUGUCUGCGAGGAAGAUGGCGGACUCAGUAGCGGCUGGUCUCGCGGAUGAAAACGAUACUGAAAAUGAGGAUAAGGAGAGGGAGAAACGACUCUUCAGCAGCUUCAAAAAGACGGAGAAACAAGCCGCUGCGUCAGACCUUACAGAAACUCUGGGAUUUUACGAGAGGAAGGCGAAAUGCAAAGAGAGAAAGAGCAAUGUGUCCGAUCUCUCUCUUGUAAGGUUUAUCAGUGCUGAGUUGACUAGAGGAUAUUUUCUGGAACACAAUGAGGCCAAAUACACCGAGCGGAGAGAGAGGGUCUAUACCUGCCUGCGUAUUCCCAAAGAACUGGAGAAGCUGAUGAUGUUUGGGUUUUUCCUGUGUCUGGAUGUGUUUCUGUACGUGUUCACUCUGCUGCCCCUCAGAGUGCUGCUGGCCCUGAUCAGACUGCUGACACUGCCCUGCUGCGGCCUCAGUGGAUCUCGUAUCUUGCAGCCUGCUCAGGUGUGUGAUGUUCUGAAGGGUUUCAUCAUGGUUUUGUGUUAUUUCAUGAUGCAUUAUGUGGAUUACUCCAUGAUGUACCACCUGAUCCGGGGUCAGUCUGUCAUAAAACUCUACAUCAUCUACAACAUGCUGGAGGUGGCAGAUCGCUUGUUUUCAUCGUUCGGUCAGGAUAUUCUGGAUGCUUUGUACUGGACUGCCACUGAACCUAAAGAGAAAAAAAGAGCUCAUAUAGGAGUCAUUCCACAUUUCUUCAUGGCUGUUCUCUACGUCUUUCUACAUGCCAUUCUGAUUAUGGUCCAGGCCACCACUCUGAACGUGGCUUUCAAUUCACACAACAAGUCACUGCUCACCAUUAUGAUGUCCAAUAAUUUUGUUGAGAUCAAAGGAAGUGUAUUCAAGAAAUUUGAGAAAAACAAUCUCUUCCAAAUGUCCAACAGUGACAUUAAAGAAAGAUUUACACACUACACACUCUUACUAAUCGUCUGUCUUAGAAACAUGGAGCAGUUCUCCUGGAAUCCAGAUCAUCUAUGGGUAUUGUUUCCUGAUGUUUGUAUGGUGAUCGCCUCAGAGAUAGCAGUGGAUGUUGUCAAACAUGCCUUCAUCACAAAGUUUAAUGACAUUACAGCAGAUGUCUAUAGUGAAUACAGAGCGAGCUUGGCAUUUGAUCUGGUCAGCAGCAGACAGAAGAACGCAUACACAGACUACAGUGACAGUGUGUCUAGGCGGAUGGGCUUCAUUCCUCUUCCUCUUGCUCUACUGUUGAUCCGGGUGGUGACCAGCUCAGUGAAGAUCCAGGGCUCUCUGUCCAUUGUUUGUGUUGUGCUCUUCUACCUGGGUAUGAUCACCCUGAAGGUGCUGAACAGUAUUGUGUUGUUGGGGAAAUCCUGUAUGUAUGUGAAAGAGGCUAAUAUGGAGGAGAAGCUGUUUCAAAAUCCCCCCUCUGCAGCUCCCAGCAGAGUGUCCAGCAGAGCCCACCGUACCAAACACACACGCGAACCACCAGGUGAGCAAGCGGAGGAGGGCCUGUCUGCAUCAGUCACCACUCAACCCACCCAAAGGGAUGAAUGCCCCGCCCCUCAGAUCCCCACCAGCGAAUCAGAUCAGUUCCUCACUACACCAGAUGAAUCAGAAGAGAAAAGCCUUAUUCAGGACGAUACCGAACUUAAACACGGGGCGGCCAAAAAAGACUUGCUGGAGAUUGACCGCUUUACUAUCUGCGGUAACCGUAUCGACUGACAUUAACGCGCACCUUCAAGUUUAAGAGCGAUGCCAGGUAUGCACUGAAAUGCCCGUCCUCUCUGCCAGCUUGAUUUGUUUGACAUUUGAACCUGAGCUCGUUGGAACGGGACAGCGAGAAACUGCAGGAUAUUUAUUAAUAAGCGACGCACCUAAUUUAUUUAAGACUUAAGCACACUUAUACAACAGACAAUCACACCAACACACCGUUUUAACCAAUUGGAUUCCACCCAGUGAUGUUUCCACGCUUUCAAGAGGUUCGAGUCGAAGUCACCUUUGGAUAGCAGGCAAGAUCUUGGUUUGAUGUCACUGUACUUACCUUUCAAAGGGGGCAUCCAAUUAAGAAAAUGAGAGAAAGGGAUGAAUUGUUUUCCUAAAAUACUUACUUGGAAGAUUACUUGCUUUUAUCCCUUCCCCUCAAAAGACUUUUAGUUUGAAAUAUUACCAUGUUCAUUGUCAGUCAAUACUGAAAUCUAAUUACGAUGUGUUCAGCAGAUUUUGUUUUUGUAUCUUUGAGUAAAAGCAAACAGCAGGCUAAAAUACGUUUCACUAUUUUAUUUAUUUUUAAGAGAGUUGCUUUUUCAGUUUAAAUGCAGGGUUUCCAUUGACGAAAAAGAAUGUGUUUUGCAUCGUUUGAGGUAAUGACCUUUUAAAAGCCCAUUGUGAUACUGUGAUGAAACGCAUGCUUGUGAUAUGUCGGUUGAUUGAAGUACUAUAUAAGUCACCAUCUUAAUGAAAGGAUUAUAGAGUUUUACAAGACAGUCGCAUGGAAUCAGAAAGCUGAAGUACACUUUCAUAACGUGAUUUGCCAGAUUUUCCCUUUAAGGAUGGAAAGUCUUUUUAUUUUUCCCUCCUGCAAGCUCCUAUUAUGCAUAUGCCAUUCCCCCUAGCAUAUCAGAUGAACAAUCGUACAUUGGUGCUGAUGUUGGGAGCAGAUGAAAAAUAGUCAAUUACCAACAUUCCAAAAGUCAGACUUUUGACCAAAGCAAAGUUGAAUAUACAACCUUUUGCUAAUAUCUUUAUAGUGUAUUUAAAAAGACCUGUUGGCCGAUUUACAAGACGAUAAGCAUCAGAAUCCAUUAAUGUAAGUUGAUAACAAUGAGCUUCAUAAUCAACUUAACAUAAGAUAACAGUGACUUUUUGUGAAAGCCCAUGAUUAGUAAUAAUGCAUCAUGUAUAGUGCUUACAGAACUUAUUGGAGUGCUUUUUCAUCAUAGACAAUAAUGUUUUAUACAUUUGCUUAACAUGGACCACACUGUCUUAAAGGUUUGUUUUUUUGUUGUUGUUGCUGUUUUUUUUUUUGUGAUCCACUAAUGUUUCUUAGUAGUACAUGAGGUUAGAAUUUAAGUUUCUUUUUUCAGCAAUGGCAACAUGUAUUGUUUUUAUUUUCAUUUUUGACUGAUUUUGAAUUUUGUAUUUCUUGUAUUAAGAAUGUGUGGCUGAAAUUGCUUUGCUUUGUAAUAUCAUUAAGGUGGCAUUCAAUCUGACAAUUUAAACUCAAGUCAGCAUGUCGGCAUUCGGCAUAAAGGCCGUCAUAUUGUAUAAGGUGCUCAGUUUUUAAAAAACAAAAGGUUGAUUUAAUUUAUGGUUUAGAAAUGUAUUAAGAGAAAAUAUCGACUAUGCCAAGGAAAUGUUUACCCUCAGUUAUCACACUAAUGCAAACUCUGAAUCACACUUUUCAGAACCUCUUCAGAAGCAUUCACUGGACUUAAACUGGCAAAAUUAUAUCAUAGAGCAUUUCUUAUUGUUUUUGCAUUUGAAACACUGAUAUUAGAAAUACUUUUGCUUAUUUUAUAACGAAAGAGACCAUUAUAAGCAAAUGUUUGGCUUUGUUGUGGUUUACAAUAUAACUGCCUGUGCAUUCCCAGGUUCAGUCACCUUUGGACUCUUGAAAUGAGGCUAAAGCUUGACUGCAAUUGAUAUGGAUCGGUACUCAACAGCAUGAUUUUGCUGGACAGAACCUUUCUAAUUCAUACUUAAAUUAAUUUGGAAAAAAGAUCCAACCUCUCAAGUUCUUUCCAUACUGCUGGAGUUCACUGCGGUGUUUUCUUUCUUCUUUUUUUUUUUCACUGGUCAAUAUCAGGUUUUUUUGUUUUUGAUGUUUUUUUGUACCCAGAUCGGCUUCAGCAUCCAAGGUUCUAACAAACUUUUUUUUCCAUGUUGAAACGGAAGAGGACCGAUGGUCAAAUCUCUUGUAUGGGAUGUUUCAGAGACAGAAUUAGGGAGAGGAUUCAGGGUGUUGUGUUAAUUAAAGUUUUGUUUUGUA